GCUGCAUCCAGACUUCCUCCGGCGUAGCCUGGAGGCUCUGCAUCUGGGCUUUUAAAUAUACAAAGGGAUUGCCAAGACCUGCGAGAACCAGCGGUAGCGGCGACGGCUGGUGCGCGGUCCCGGAGCGUGAGCGGCUGAGCCUGGCGCGGGAGAGGCGACCCAUCCCCUGCGGACCCUCUGCACCCAGCAGUGCAGCGGAGCGGGCGUCAGCCAGGCGGCGACGCGGCCACCCGUACCGGAGCCAGCGACCCCCGGGUGCCGCGGGGAGUCCGGGAGCGCGAGGAUGGAGGCACCAGUGGCCCCGGGAGCCCUCUCCGGCCUCCUGCGGGCGCUUUGCGUCCUGGGUUGCCUGUUGGGCCGUGCCGUCGCCCCGCCGUCGCCCAUCAUCAAGUUCCCUGGCGAUGUCGCCCCCAAAACGGACAAAGAGUUGGCGGUGCAAUAUCUGAACACCUUCUACGGCUGCCCCAAGGAGAGCUGUAACCUGUUCGUGCUGAAGGACACGCUCAAGAAGAUGCAGAAGUUCUUCGGAUUGCCCCAGACAGGCGAACUUGACCAGAACACCAUUGAGACCAUGCGGAAGCCACGCUGUGGCAACCCGGAUGUGGCCAAUUAUAACUUCUUUCCACGCAAACCCAAGUGGGAAAAUAAUCAGAUCACAUACAGAAUCAUCGGCUACACACCUGACUUGGACCAGGAGACAGUGGAUGACGCCUUUGCUCGUGCCUUCCAAGUCUGGAGUGACGUGACCCCACUGAGGUUUUCUCGCAUCCACGACGGAGAAGCUGACAUCAUGAUCAACUUUGGUCGCUGGGAGCAUGGAGAUGGAUACCCCUUUGACGGCAAGGACGGACUCCUGGCUCAUGCCUUUGCCCCAGGCACUGGUGUUGGGGGAGAUUCUCACUUUGAUGAUGAUGAGCUGUGGACCCUGGGAGAAGGGCAAGUGGUCCGUGUGAAGUAUGGCAACGCAGACGGGGAGUAUUGCAAGUUCCCCUUCCUGUUCAACGGCAAGGAGUACAACAGCUGCACGGACACCGGUCGCAGUGACGGCUUCCUCUGGUGUUCCACUACCUAUGACUUUGAGAAGGAUGGCAAGUACGGUUUCUGCCCGCAUGAAGCCCUGUUCACCAUGGGUGGCAACGCCGAUGGACAGCCCUGCAAGUUCCCGUUCCGCUUCCAAGGAACAUCCUAUAACAGCUGCACCACAGAGGGCCGCACAGACGGCUACCGCUGGUGUGGCACCACGGAGGACUACGACCGGGACAAGAAGUACGGCUUCUGCCCGGAGACAGCCAUGUCGACUAUUGGUGGGAACUCAGAGGGCGCCCCCUGCGUCUUCCCCUUCACCUUCCUGGGUACCAAGUACGAGAGCUGCACCAGCGCGGGCCGCAGUGAUGGCAAGAUGUGGUGUGCCACCUCAACCAACUAUGAUGAUGACCGCAAGUGGGGCUUCUGCCCUGACCAAGGUUACAGCCUGUUCCUUGUGGCAGCCCAUGAGUUUGGCCAUGCCAUGGGGCUGGAGCACUCCCAGGAUCCUGGGGCCCUGAUGGCGCCCAUUUAUACCUUCACGAAGAACUUCCGCCUGUCACAGGACGACAUUAAGGGCAUUCAAGAGCUCUAUGGGCCCUCCCCUGAUGCAGAUGUGGACACUGGCACUGGCCCCACCCCCACGCUGGGGCCCGUCACUCCUGAGAUCUGCAAGCAGGACAUUGUCUUCGACGGCAUUGCCCAGAUCCGUGGUGAGAUCUUCUUCUUCAAGGACCGGUUCAUUUGGCGGACAGUGACACCACGGGACAAGCCCAUGGGACCCCUGCUGGUAGCCACAUUCUGGCCUGAGCUCCCCGAAAAGAUUGAUGCCGUGUAUGAGGCCCCACAGGAGGAGAAGGCUGUUUUCUUUGCAGGCAACGAGUACUGGGUCUAUUCAGCUAGCACCCUGGAGCGAGGGUACCCUAAGCCUCUGACCAGCCUGGGGCUGCCCCCUGAUGUCCAGCGAGUGGAUGCUGCUUUUAACUGGAGCAAGAACAAGAAGACAUACAUCUUUGCUGGAGACAAGUUCUGGAGAUACAAUGAGGUGAAGAAGAAGAUGGACCCUGGCUUCCCUCGGCUCAUCGCGGAUGCCUGGAAUGCCAUCCCUGAUAACCUGGAUGCUGUGGUGGACCUGCAGGGCGGUGGACACAGCUACUUCUUCAAGGACACAUACUACCUGAAGCUUGAGAACCAAAGUCUGAAGAGUGUGAAGGUUGGAAGUAUCAAAACGGACUGGCUGGGCUGCUGAGCGGGCCCUGAACACGCAGGCGCAGGGAAGGGCCCCACCGGGCCUGGCCGCUGCGCCUUCAUUUAAUCCACAACUUCGCCCCCUCCUGGUCAUCUGAGAUUCCAGAUGGCCGCUCUGCCCUGUGCCCAAGGAAAGGUGCUGGUUGCUCCCCUCCCUGGUGUCCCUUCCCCCUCCAACCCCACUGCCCCUCAGAGCCACCUUCAAAAAGAUAUUUGGGUAUUUUCCAUGCAGCCCUGCCUUGGGCUGCCCUGGUGCUGCCACACUUCCAUCUCCAUCCACAACCGUCUGUGGCUCACGGCACCCUCGGAGCCAACAGGGUCUAUCUCAGCAGGGCACUGGUGGCCCAACAGCUUGGCAUGGGACAGUGGCACAAAGGCACAGCCAGGUGGCCACCCCAGAUGCCUGGUUUCUCACUGCUGGCUGCCUUAGAAACUUCCCCAUGUUAGUGGAUUGCUUUGUAUUCAUUCGGUUCUUUUCCCUUGAUCAUUUUAUUUUUCCGCUCUGAAUCUGCGUCUCCUGACACGAGGCUCAGGUUGUCUGAAGUCACCACCUGCUGCAGCCCAGCCCAGCCAGGGAUGCUUGCUUUAUUCACUCUGGUUAAGAUGUCCCUCCCCAGUCACUGCCUCCACUGGAUGGAGGAAAACUGAGUCCUGACUCCAUCUCCGCCCUCCCCUCUGUGCCUUCAGCAGUUCCUCCUGGGAAGUGCCAACAAGUGUGAAUAAAGAUAACAUCU